UAGCCCUCCAAGAAAUGUUCUGAAUAGCAUUGCAUCUUGAGCUCACUAUAAUUUGAUCAAGCAAAGAUGUUCUAUGUCUGUGGUCUGAAACCUGCCACCACAGCUGGGUUCUCUGCUUUCAGAGACCAGGGGAGCAGUGACUGAAGCUCAGACUACACACAGCACUUCAGACAGGCAAAUUAGAAGGGAAAAGAAAACUGAAUCUGUAAACUCAGGAAAAACUGGUAUAUCUUUUGAGGUCCCAGCCAUUUUGAGAAACUCUGACACUGAUAAAAUAAGGAAGAACAAUCUAACUCCUCUCUCAAAUGCUGCCAUUCUAGCUGAGUGUUGAUUUUUUCUUAGAAAAACAAACUUUGGGUCAACAAGGAAAGAUCACGAGGUGGGAGGGUGAGUGGGUGAUUCACCUCAUGGAUCUCCCUGGCAGCUCUUGUACUUCCUUGAUCAAUCUGUAUAUAAGAAGCGUGCUAGGCACCUGGGACACCACUUCUCGGGGACACAUCGCCUUCUGUUUUCUCCAGCAUGCGCUUGCUCCAGUUCCUGUUCAGGGCCAGCCCUGCCACCCUGCUCCUGGUUCUCUGCCUGCAUUUGGGGGCCAACAAAGCUCAGGAAAACACUCGGAGGAUCAUAAUACAGAAUUUUGAGAUCCCCACGACAGCAAAUCGAGAUGAGGAAGUCACUGCAAUGCUUCAAGUUAAAACAGAAUUGAAAGAAUGCAUGGUGGUUAAAGCUUACCUCACUAGUGACGUCCCUGUGGAAGGUGCAUUUAACUACAGGUAUACUCGCUGCCUAUGUGACGAUUAUCCAAAUACCUACUACUGGGACUUUCAUACAAACAGAACUGUGAAAAUUGCAGCCGUCGUUGAUAUUAUUCGGGAAUUAGGCAUCUGCCCUAAUGAUGAUGCUGUAACCCCCAUCAGUAAAAACCGGUUUUAUACUAUUAAAUCCCUAGUGGUAGCGUAACAGAAGUCCAGUCUGUUUGCCACAUCCAGAUGAUUUCCUCUAAGGAAACCUGGCUGGAAUUUCUGUUGUGGUCUAUACAAUAAACUUCUUAACACGCUUCUCC